AUGACGACUCCUGGCUCAAUGGAGCAGCAUGACUCUUCAACAACACCGGCAAGGAGCUCAUGGAGAUCACGGCUUCAAAAGCGGCGACGGGACAUACAUCGUCGCCUCUCUGCCCUCCAUGACGGCAUCCCGUACCUCCGCAAGCUCCCCCUGUCCGUCAUCUUGAUCCUCACGCUGCUGGUCCUGGUCAACCUGGUGGUCUGGGCGAUAUGCGGCGUGAUCCUGUCCUCGCACACCCAGCUUCUCUCGACGGCAGCUUUGGCGUACACGUUGGGUCUCCGACACGCCCUGGACGCCGACCACAUCUCCGCCAUCGACCUGAUGACCCGCCGACUCAUCGCCACGGGCCAACGACCCGUGACCGUGGGCACCUUCUUCAGCCUGGGCCACAGCACCAUCGUGAUCAUAACGUCGAUCGUGGUCGCCGCGACCGCGGCAGGCAUCGCAGGCCGGUUCGACAGCUUCGGCACCGUCGGCGGCAUCAUCGGGAAUUCCGUCUCGGCGGCCUUCUUGAUCCUCCUGGGCAUCAUGAACGCUUACAUCCUGUACAAGCUGGUGGUGCAGAUCCGAAAGGUCAUCCGCAUGCGGCCGGACCAGGAGGCCGCGGAGGCCUGGAAGAUCGAAGGCGGCGGGUGUCUCUUCCGGGUGCUCAAGAAGAUGUUCAAGCUCAUCGACCGCCCCUGGAAAAUGUAUCCCCUCGGCGUCCUCUUCGGCAUGGGCUUCGACACGAGUUCCGAGAUCGCCCUUUUAGGAAUUAGCAGCAUCCAGGGUGCAAAGGGCACGAGCAUCUGGCUGAUUCUGAUCUUUCCCGUCCUGUUCACCGCUGGAAUGUGCCUUGUUGACACGAUCGACGGUGCUUUGAUGAUGAGUUUGUACGUUGCUCCGAUGGGCAUGGGCACGAGCAAGAAGGACUUUGAAAUCCAGAGCCACGGAGUUCCCGAGCAGAUCCUCGACACGACAACACCAAACGACGAGCCGCUGAUCCUGGUCGACGUUGAACAAUCAGCUGCUAUCCAGCCCGCGACGUCGGAACAGCCACAGCCACAGCCACAGCAACAAGAACAAGACUCGCCACAGCAACAAGAACAAGACUCCCCACAAUCAGCACCACCGGCCCCCAAUACAGCUCGCGUGAAAGAUCCCCUGACAUUUCUGUACUACUCGAUCGUCCUGACCUCCCUGACCGUGCUUUGCGCCAUCAUCAUCGGCAUGCUGCAACUGCUCUCGCUGGUCCUCAACGUCGCCAACCCCAAGGGCGCGUUCUGGGAUGGCGUCGCAAGGGCAGGAGAGCUGUACGAGAUCAUCGGCGGCGGCAUCUGCGGCAGUUUUGUCGUCGUCGGCGGCAUCAGCGUGCUGUGCUACAAGCCUUGGAGGAGAUGGGUGGACCGGGAGCGGGCAAGACUGGGAGUCACUAGAGAUAUUGACGUUGAUGACUACGACGACAACGACGACGCGAGGAGAUAUGCUCAGAACCCUGCGGAUACGUCCGGCGGACGAGAAGAGGACGACGAUCUAGAGCAAGGCGCCGUCUUCGUCCGCGAGGAGGAGCUCAUCCAUGGCAAGGAUACGCACGCGCACCGGGAGAGAGUGGGCGGCAAGGCUUUCGACAACAAUGGCUCGACUGCGACGGCCCAACCUGCAGGUGGCAGUGGAGCAGGUCGUCGCAGCUGA